AGGAAGUUGGGAUAUUAGCGAUAAUUCAUGAAGAACAACAGUUAAAAGAGAGAGGGAACAUGUUUGUUAAACUGGAAAAACUUUCUGAUCCUAUUUCCUGAAUUCAUUUGAUGAUCCACAACAAAGAGCCUUACGAGAAGCACAUCUUCUGAGGAUCUCAGUUUACAACAUAUGGAACAAGGAAAGGAGGUUAAGUAUUCUGCAUUGUCAAACUGCGAAUCUUAUUUUGAGCGCAUUCAAUCUACGAAGAAACUUCCGAAAUUCUUACAAGAGACACUGAAUGAUGCAUUCGCCAGGAUCCCAGUGUCGUCAUUUCCUGGAGUCCCAGGAGGCAGAGUUAUUGAGAUUCCAGCAGACACAACUAUUGCUAAUGCUGUAAAGAUUCUAUCUGAAUGCAACAUCUUAUCAGCUCCUGUAACAAAUCCAAAUGCAAAAGCAAGUAUGAAUUGGAGAGAUAGGUACCUUGGAAUUGUAGAUUAUUCGGCAAUUAUCUUGUGGGUGUUGGAGAGUGCAGAACUUGCCGCAGCUGCUUUAUCUGCUGGUUCAGCUACUGCUGUUGGAGUUGGUGCAGGAGCUGUUGGUGCUAUUGGAGCAUUGGCAUUAGGGGCAACAGGCCCUGUUGCAGUCGCAGGGAUAGCUGCAGCGGCGGUUGGAGCUGCUAUGGCUGGUGGUGUUGCUGUCAAUAAAGGAAUCGGUAAAGAUGCUCCCACAGCUGCUGAUAAUUUAGGAGAAGAUUUUUACAAAGUCUUACUGCAAGAAGAGCCAUUCAAAUCAACAACAGUUCAGUCAAUAUUGAAAUCCUACCGUUGGGCUCCGUUCCUUCCAGUGACCCUAGAUAAUUCCAUGUUAUGUGUCUUACUGCUACUUUCAAAAUAUAGAUUGAGGAAUGUACCUGUCAUUGAAUCAGGGAAACCUGACAUCAAGAAUUACAUAACUCAAUCUGCAGUAGUUCAAGGUCUUGAAAGGUGUAGAGGAAGAGACUGGUUUGACUGUAUAGCUGCAAGACCUAUUUCUGAUUUGGGACUUCCUUUCGUGUCUUGUAACGAGGUUAUUAACAUCCAAAGCAACGAGUUGAUAUUGGAAGCUUUCAAGCGAAUGAGAGAUAAUCAUAUUGGUGGCCUUCCAGUUGUGGAGGGGCCAAAGAAAAGGAUGGUGGGAAAUAUAAGUAUAAGAGACAUAAGAUAUUUACUGCUUAAACCUGAACUUUUCUCCAAUUUCAGGAAGCUCACCGUUAUGGAUUUCAUCAAAACAGUCGUCACGUUGACUCAAGAUAUUGGUAAACUUGCCCCACCAAUUACCUGCAAACUUGAUUCAACUCUUGGCUUUGUUAUUCAUAGCCUUGCUUCCAAGUCAGUCCACAGGAUCUACGUCGUAGCUGGUGAUGACGAAGUUGUCGGGGUCAUCACCCUGAGGGAUGUGAUCUCGUGCUUCAUUUUUGAACCACCCAACUACAUAAUCAACAACUUUGGAUUUUCUGCCGAAGAAAUGUUGAAUCAGUGACAUUUACAAGUGUUUUCUUAACAAUUGACAGAUAUGCAAGAUGUAAACUAGUUGCGAAUUCUGGUUUGACAUCAAAAGUAUACUAGUUACUCUGCUUAUGUACUCUACUCUUAAACUAAUGUCAGAUAGCUUUCCCAA